AUGGCAGUUCCCAAGUAUGGCGGGCUUUCCGGAAAGCCCCUCUCGUUGGCCAUCACUUCGGUGGCCACCACUGGAUUCCUUCUCUUCGGUUAUGAUCAGGGUGUCAUGUCUGGUAUCAUCUCAUCUCCAGUCUUUAUCAAGCUCCUUCCUGCUUUGGGAGGCGCGGGUGGCCAGGACGGUGCUGUUAUGCAGGCGCUGGUGACUGCUAUAUAUGAAAUCGGAUGUCUUUUUGGUGCCAUUUUUGUGCUGGCCUAUGGUGACCGCCUGGGUCGCCGCAAGGCUGUGAUUGUCGGUGCUAGCAUCAUGAUUAUCGGUGUCAUUAUCCAGGUCACUGCAAUGGCUGGCUCUGUCCCAUUGGCACAAUUCAUUGUUGGUCGAGUCGUCACCGGUGUUGGCAACGGCAUGAACACGAGUUCCAUCCCGACAUAUCAAGCGGAGUGCUCGCAUGCGCACAAGCGUGGUCUGCUCAUUUGCAUUGAAGGUGCCACAAUUGCUUUUGGCACCCUCAUCUCUUACUGGAUCGAUUUCGGUGCCAUGUACGGGCCUCCCGACCUUACUUGGCGAUUCCCUAUUGCGUUCCAGAUUUUCUUCGGUCUCUACUGUAUUGUCGGCAUGCUUUUCCUUCCCGAGUCCCCUCGCUGGCUCAUCUCUCGUGAUAUGUUUGAGGAGGGCGAGAGGGUCAUUGCGGCAAUUAAUGACCGUGAGAUCAACGACCCGGAUGUUCAGGCUGAGAAGCGCAUGAUCAUUGACAACAUUGCCCUUGCUGGCGCUGCUGGCAAGACCCGCUACCGGGACCUCCUUACUGGUGGAAAGACGCAGCACUUCCGCCGACUUCUCUUGGGAUCUUCUUCACAAUUUAUGCAGCAGGUUGGUGGUUGCAACGCUGUCAUCUACUAUCUGCCUGUGCUCUUCGAAAACUCGGUGAAGAUGGAGCGUACGCUGGCUCUCCUACUUGGCGGUGUCAACAUGGUCAUUUACUCCAUUUUCGCCACUCUGUCUUGGUUCCUCGUCGAGCGGGUCGGUCGUCGCAAGCUCUUCCUUGUUGGCUCGGUUGGUCAAUGCGUGGCAAUGGUCAUCACAUUUGCUUGCUUGAUCCCAGGUACUAAGGAAGCUGCCAAGGGUGCCGCGUUUGGGCUCUUCUUGUUCAUGGCUACUUUUGGAGCCACAUGGCUGCCCCUGCCGUGGCUCUACCCUGCUGAAAUCAACCCCAUCAAGACCCGUGUCAAGGCCAACUCUGUGUCGACCUGUGCCAACUGGAUGUUCAACUUCCUCAUUGUCAUGGUCACUCCCAUUAUGAUUCAGGGCAUCGGCUGGGGCACCUACCUCUUCUUCGCUUGCUGCAACUUUGCCUUCAUCCCUAUCAUCUACUUCUUCUACCCCGAGACUGCUGGCCGCUCUCUUGAGGAAAUUGACUUCAUCUUUGCUAAGGGUCACCUCGAGAAGAUGAGCUAUGUGCACGCCGCCCACCAGCUUCCCAAGCUCAACCAGGAAGAGAUUGAACGCAAGGCGGUCGAGUACGGCUUCACCAUGGACGAUGAAGAAGCUAAGCUUGACAAGCUCGAGCGUCUGGAGAACCAGAAGGAGGAAGAUAUGGAUGAGAAGGACCGCCGCGCCUCUCAGGCCACUUCUUAA